AUGCUCGCCACAACUCUGAGAUUUAUUGUUUUUGUUACUUCGAACUACUCUUGUUUAUAUGAUCUAAAGCCAGUUCUUAUUGCAGAUUUUCGAACGCCCGGUGCAUGUUCUUUUAACCAUCUGGUAAGAUGUCAGCCCGAGCCAAAAAGCAGAAACCUGCAGAGUCUGAGAAAAAUGAAGAGCAAAGUUGAAGAGGCCAGGAAAACAUAUGAAGAUGAAAUUACAGCCCUAAGAAAUCUAGUCGAUGAUUUAGCCAAACAAAAAUCAAAAGCUGAACUAGAUUCCAAACAAUUAAGAGAUGAAUUAAAUGACAUGAAAAUGAAAGCUAAUAAACGAGACCAAGAAAAUCGUAAUUUACAGCGAAAAAUUGAAAAUCUUGAAAGGGAGUUGAGUAAGUAUAAGUCAGAUCAUGAGGCUUAUCAGCCUCUCCUUAGUGAUUAUCAUGUCUUAGAAAAACGGUUUGAAGAAAUGAAACGAGACCUUGAAGCCGAGACAUUGCUUCGAACAGAUUUGGAAAAUAAAAUUCUCGGUUUGAAAGAGCAGUUGGAUUUCCGUUCUCGACUGUUCGAUGAAGAACGUGAAAAAUUAGUUGAACGCAGUAUGUAUAUUGAAGAAGAGGUUGAAGGACGCAAACAGGCUGAAUACGAAAGUCGAUUGACAGAAGAGCUUAGAUCAAUUCGAGAUCAAACGGCAUGUGAAUUGGAAGAGUAUAAAAUACAAAUGGAAGAAACGUUUGAGAGCAAACUUGGGCAAUUGAAAUCAUCUGCAAAUUUCAGUGCCGAAGAUGCUAGUCGCCAACGGUCUGAGCUAUUGAUAGCUCGCAAACGUGCUGAUGAUCUUUCUCAUGACUUAUCAAAGAAGAUCGCUGAGCUGGAAUUGCUUCAGCGACGAGUUGCAGAUCUUGAGCGGCAACUAUCUGAUGAACGAAAAGAUUUUGAAUCACAACUUCAUUUCCAACGCCAAGAAGUGAACCGGUUAAAAGAAGAAUUAGAAGAAAGUUUCCGUGAAUUUACUGACCUCAUGAAUACAAAAAUUGCAUUAGAUCAGGAAAUAUUAAUGUAUCGAAAAAUGUUAGAAGGUGAAGAAUCAAGACUCAACUUGACACCAGCUCCUCGUGAUUCACCAUUCAACAUACCGGUGAAACGUAGGCGUAUGGAUGGUGACUUUGAAAGUGAUGAGUCAAGUGUCAAUCUAACUGGUUACAGUUCAUCGCGCACAAAAUUCGCCUAUAAAGUUUCAUUGAAUGCACAUGGACCUGUGGAAUUUUUCAAAGAACAAGAUACACAUGGCAAAUGGAUUAAAAUUCAUAAUACUUCAACUGAGGAAGUGAAUUUAGGUAGCUGGGAACUUGUUCAUGAAGCCGGUGGCCAUGAAACACGUUAUAAAUUUUCACGUGCUUUCUCCAUUAAACCAGGUGCAACAUGUACUAUUUGGAGUCAAGAUGCUGAAGGCAGUGCACACAAUCCUCCUUCAGAUUUAACUAUGAAAAAUAAAAGUUUCCAUCCUGGCACUGAAAUCACAAUCUUACUACUUGAUGCCGAUGGUGAAGAGCGAGCUAAAUGCACUGUAAAACGAGAAAAAGUUCGUGCUGGAGUAAAUUUUGAUCGUAAAUCCAAUGCUCGUGCGCAUGAUGAGAAAUGUCAUCUUAUGUGA